AAAAUCAUGUCCAUGUAAAAAAGAAAACGUUUUCUGCUCAACCAAAUGUCAUUCGAAGAGGGAGUGGCUGUUCAAACAUGCACUAAACUAAUUCAGAGACCCAUAUUGUGUGUAUUAAAUAAAGAUUAUAAAAUAAAAAAACAUUUGUUUGUACUUUAAAUAUUUCUUUUUUUACUACUUUCUAUUCAUCGGAACACUAUUUUAAUUUCGUCUGGACGAAAUUAAAAUUUUAAUUUUGACUAAGAACAUAUCGGACGAAAUUAUAAUUUCAAUUUCGUCUGGACAAAAUUAAAAUUUCAAUUUUGCCUGGGCAAAUUUAAAAUUGGGCUGAAUUUUAAUUUCGACCACAACAUAUAUAUAUAUAAAAUCUAUCGAAAAAUCAAUGAUCGAUUGUUUUUGAAAUCGAAUGAAAAUAAAUUUAAUAAAUUAUAAUAAAAUAUUUAAAUAUUGAUUGAAAUUAUUUGAAUAUAUAAUAUUAUUAUUUAUUUAUUGUUUUUAAUAAAGAAAUGAUGAUGUACCUGAUUGUUACAAUCGAGUUCGUUAUAUUCGAGAUGGUUGUAAAGUAUUAUCUGAUCUUUGGAAAACCGAUAAAGAUUUUUUAAAUAAAAGUAUUGAUAAUGAUGUUGCACGUUCUUAUCGUUUACCAUAUGGAACAAGUGGAGCUUCAUCGGUUUUAAAAAUCAAACAAUUGAUGAUUUAG